GCGCCAGUGAUGCCUGUUUUAAUAUACAGAAGCAUUUGCAAAAAAAAAAAAAAAAAAAAACACUUAUGGAUGUACUUCUAACCUAAAAGCCAGGAUGAUUAUUGCACAUCUUCAGUUGCUUUCAAUCACAUGCUGUAAGGAUGCUUGUUAAUUCAGGGUUGACGCUUCUCUUGUGCUCGGUCUUUGCACAUGUUAGUUGCCAGUCCUGCAGGUGCAAGACUUUACUGUCCCUAGGCCUGAGGGUGAACUGCAGCUCGCAGGGCCUGAGAAGCGUCCCUCAUCUUCCUGCAGAAAUCACUGAACUCCUGCUGCAGAAUAACCUCCUGACCACCAUAACUCCUGGGCAUUUAGACCGGCUCCACCACCUGCAGCUGGUCAAUUUAUCUGGGAACCCGUUCCACUGUGACUGCAGCAUCCAGUACUUAAGACAAUGGCUACAGAAGAAUAAAGCCAUCUCUGUGAUGCCGGUGUGUGCCAGUCCUACAGAACUAGCCCACAGGUCCAUCGAUGAGCUCACUGAUGCUGAUUUUGUGUCCUGUGUCUCUGGUCACUGCUUUGAGUGGGUUUAUAAUGUCAUCUUAUGCUUAAUGCUUUGCUUUCUCAUUGGUUUGCUGCUGUGGUGCUUGCAGCUAGCAAGAAACUCUACGUUUAUUCUGGGAAUUGAUGAGAGACACACUGGAUUUGAGGCAGAAUCUCUUCGAUCACUCAAACCCAAACACAGAGUGAGGAUGAGGUGGAGUAUCGGGUCACUGAGCCCAGGAACCGAUGACAUGGACAAGCCUUUACUCAACAUGGACAUCCUCCCUCAGAUACUGGACGUCCUGCACAAGCAACACAACAUUAAGAUUAAAGUACCGUGAAGAACUGAACUGUGUUCUUACCCUUCCUUUGCUUGUAUGUAAUAAUAUGCUUUCGUGAUAUGUAACAUGGCCUGCAAUAUUAGGAAACUGUAAAUCUUGCCAUAUACAUUUAUAUUUUGCUCUGUAAGUUAAGUUUCAAGUGUAUGUUGGAUUAUGGAGCAGGCCAGUGAGUCUUUCUUUGGGACACGGUGCUUCUCACCAUGGCCCACUUGUUAAAAAAGUUAGAUCCAGAUCAGGAAAAUUUGGAAAUCACAGUUUUACUAUAUUGGAUCAGGUAAUCCAUUUUACUUUUGUACCAGUUUUCCCAACGCAACACACUUCUUCUGAUUACCAAGUCCAGAUAAGACCAAAACCAAAAUAUAAAUGAAUAAAAAGUGACGUGACAUACAGCCAAGUAUGGCGACCCAUACUCACGUGCUCUGCAUUUAACCCAUCCAAAGUGCACACACACAGCAGUGAACACACACACACACACACC